UCUCGAUUGGCGAACACGAAUACCGUAUCCCGGACACAGGCCAACCCAUCUGUAUACGGUCAUCACCAACCACAACUACUCACUGAUCAGGAACUCUGCACGGUUUACGGGAAACAGAUUCCAGGUAUGGCCACAAUGAACGACUCAUUCCCUCUCGGCUCGUCCCAACGGCAUUGCUCGACAGAUGAGGUUAACUUGCCUGUUAAACCCGUCUCCUCCGAAGCGGCACAUUUGAUGUCCCAAUUGUCCACUCAACUUCAACAGUUAGCAACUCGGACAAACGAUAUUACAUUGUCCAGCAGUGGAAUUGGAGGAGAUCACCCAACCGUGUCUUCUUCGGGUGAUGGAUUUGAUCUCCCACCCCCUCCACCAGAUUCCAUGUUCACUGGGACGAACGAUCCUAACCUCGCGAACCAAUCGCACACUCCAUCUGGUCAAGACGCCCUGUUGACUGCGUUAAAACGCAGUAUUGAAAUGCGCGCGGCCAAAGCGAAUGCUCGAGAUCAUUCCGGACCAUCCAGACCGGAUUAA